AUGGUAACUCAGACAACCCAAUACCAUCACUACAUCCCCCAGUUCCUGAAGCGAUUCGAGCAUACGAGAGCCAAAAACAAGAAUGAGCAAUUCUGGCUCAAAGAAGUUGCAAGGACCUGCGGCACCCAAAACCUAUACUACAACGCGAAGGAUACAAACCCGAUGAGGAUAGAGCAUCUGUUCAAUGCUGUCAGCAACGGUGUUGACCAUAUCGAUAUCCUUGAGAAGGACGUUCAUAUUCUCUUCCAGUUCAUGAAUCUGUCCCUUAGGCGGUCGGAGUGGUACAGAGACGAAGUCAAGAAUCUUUACCGUGAGAACGACUUUUUCUUCCAGCGACAGUUUGAAGCGUCCAGAAAGAGUGGUCGGUCCGACGAACCAGAGCAAUUCUGGCUCGAGCAGUUGCUGUAUCUUUUGGAAACAAGCCACGAGGGCAUCCUAGAAGAUGCUAGAAGUGCAGAUAAAAACGCUGCAGCGUCCACAUAUAUUCACUUUGUCGAGAAUUACACCCUUCAGAUCUGGAAAGCGGCCGACGGUUACGAAUACUUUCUUAACGACAGGCUGGUUGAUUUUGAGGGUGAUACGCAAUCAUGCCUCGGUACAGAGAUGAAAGGAGAAAGAUGCCAACUUAUAUGGAUGACUAGUGAAGACUUGAUACAUCUUAUCCUUCCUGUUAGUCCGGAAGUUGCCAUUAUAUUCUGCAAGGAGUCACGAUGCUGGGAGUCACCGUUUGCAGAUGCUAUGCACCAGGCCAAAGUGCCUUACCCGGAGAAUUCUUUGCUGAAAAAUGCACCACAUAAGGACAUCGUCAGUGUCGAUGUGCCAAGCAGGCAGAGAGGGAAGAAGAAAUGGCCCGCAACGAUUGCCUGGAGGGUAAACAUUGGAGCUCUGAGUCGAGAGCAGCAUCGAAUCAUCGCUUCUUACUCACUCAGUCAUGCUCAGUUACUGAUUGUAGUCCGAAGCAGAGCGCGAUUCGAGAAAGCUAAGCGGGAACUGGAGUUGUUCUCGCGAGAGAGGAUGCAACAUUGGAGUAACCUUGGAAUUCGAUCCAGCUACAAGGGUAGCCAGCAGCAGUCUCAUGAGCCGGCUCUACGACCUGUCUCGGCGGAAGCGAGUAUAAAAUCAGUUGAGGAAUUUAUGUCUGCUAUGUACGAGAUGCUUGAAAUCAAAGACGUCUCGCACGAGAUCCCAUCAAUGACCAAGAGAAAUGCGUUCAGAUUAUGGGUGACAAUUGACACUCUUGAACUUUUAGCCGAGAGAACAACUCCUUCAGUGGGUUCAGAAAAUGGUUGCCCUGCCAGUCGCAUCAUGCAUCCAGCACUCAAAGCUGCAUUUGAAGCUACAUACCCGCCAAAACAUCCCAACCACAGAGAUCUUAACAAUGUCAACUUCGCGAAAUUCCUCGACGAGUGCAUCGGGGAAGAGACGUUUCGCCUGCUUUCUCUCGAAAUAGAAAGGAAAAUUUCGGAACUAGUCUCGGCAAAUAGCUUCAAAGCUCAUUUUGAAGCCUACAAAAAGACAUUACCACCUUACGACGAUCCUUUAGUUCAACAACACGGAGACGAUGCAGGUGACCAGUCUAAUGAUUUGAAAGACGACAUCCUGAGAAGCCCACACUUCCAAUCGAUUAUAAAAGUGGCAGAAAUUUUCGACGUUCUAAAAUGGAUGUUCGAUGAACGACAGGACAUCUUAGCAACUUUUGUGCGGCAGAUUGCGGUGCCUAUGGAUGAUACAAGGCCGCGUGUUGUCCGGUUUCGUGGAAGGCGCCAAUAG